CCUGAACUUCUUAAUCUUCUAUUACCUCUAUUCAUCUAUUUUCAUCAGAGUACAUUCAAGGACAAGCCAGCCCGUCCCAGACCGUAGCACGAAGAAGCCUCGACGACGCAGUAUCACUAGUACUAUCUACCUCGUCCGCAAAGAACUGCAACCCAACACAAGCAGGAGUUCCACCAUCCUCAUCAGCAGCCUGGUAUAUCCGUGUCGUAAGCGCCGACCGCUCGUUGACGAAGAUCUCAAGGACACUUGUGUCAAACAGGGCGCGGAUAUGGAGGGGUUCUUCCGUCUCCCUUUCUGAGGCUUUUGAAAAGAGGCUGAAGAGCUUCGCCAGCGUCGUCGGCUUCUCGGGCUGUGACGCUGCGCUGACGGUCGUGAAUAGAGUGUGAGGAGUGAUUUCGGGUGCGUGGUUAAUGUUCCGGCUGCCGAGGGCUGUGUUGCUGAGGUCUGGUCGGUCGACUUGGAAUGUUUCGCAGACAGGGUCCCAGAAGACGACGGUUUUCUGGUUUCGAUCUAGAAUAAGGAUAGGCUGUCAGUCUCACGCGUAAUGUGAGAUUUGGGCGCGGGUCUCUUACUCUCGGCAUGGUAUAUGAUCACGCCAACGCGCUUGCAAUCCUUGCCAACAGCAAUCUCAGCGUCGACUUCCCACUUCGUCGUGUCGAGAGGCAUGAAUGCUUCGUCCGAAUGUUUAGCCUCCGGUCCUAGGACCACAUCCCCAAUCCUCGUCUCUCUGGCCCCCGUUCGCAAUUUCUCCACUCGCUUAUCCAGCGCCACCCCCAGUGUGCGAACUGUAUGCGUCCCCGAACCAUCCGCAACAGCCUCAAUAGAGGUAAUAUCACUCAAAUUGGCCGUCAUCCGCGCACGCUUCACUCUCUUGAUGGUCUGUAAUUUGGGCACCCUCGGCAACGAAAUCAAUCCACUCCAUCCCUGUUCCCCGCGCACCUCAUCUGGCAAGUCCUCUUCGGUAAUCCAGCCAAAGACAACCUGCUGCUCGGCAACAGGAUCCCAGAAUGAGUUUGCCGCAUAGAAGAGGCCGUUGUCGAAGAUCCCGCCGUAGGCAUAUUGCAUCGGCGAGGAAGAUGAUGAGCGCGUGUUCUCAUUUAUGCACAUCCACAAUUGCGAUCUCUGGAUUCGGCGAUCGCGCGCCGGGGCUUGAUUGUCGUAUGCGCGCUGAGAGGAGGCGGGCGAGGAGGGAAAAGAAGAAGGCGGCGUGCAGCCCUCUGUCCCCAUGAUGAGAAAGUCGCGCGAAACGCCGUCGUCGUCGGUCAGUGUCACUAAAUUGGUCACUUCCCAGUUGACGCCAAAGUCUCCGGACCAGCGAGAGGGGACGAAGUUCAGCACGAGAUCAACCAAGUCUCCAAGGUACACCCAUUUAUCCAGCGCAUUCCGCUGUAUCGCAUACAGAAAGGUGGUCGGCGUCAUGUCCCGUAUGCCACCGCAGAUGAGUGCGUAGAGAACAUCAUCAUUCUCGUGCCCCUCACCAAGUAACCGCCGCACCCGCUCGGGCGCCGACGGCCACUCGAAUACAUACGGGUCCCGCCAGGCCGUCGCUGUAGUGAGCGGUGGCCCGUUGAGAAUCGGGUUCUGCGCAUACCGCUCCCACGUGCGUCCUUGAUCGUUCGAAAGCGCGAUACUCAGCGUCUCGCAACCAGGCGUGUAGGGAAGUGUGUAAUGGAUCGGGAGCUUAUUCACCGACGUAUAGAAGUAUAACAAAGUACCAUCCUUUUCGCCGCGCAGGUUCAUGGGCUGAAAGCAUCCGGUGAAUAUCCCCUUGUCAUCGUACGGCGCAGCGGGGGCUAGACACGGUUCUGCGUCUACUUCCCAAGAGACAAGAUCUGAAGAUGCUGCGCGGCCCCAGGAUAUAUCACCCCAGUCGUUACCCGUUGGGUUCCAUUGGUAUGCGACGUGGUACUUGUUUGUUGAGGGGUCGUAGCCAGGCCCGCACGGGUCGUUGAGCCAGUUGUGGGGAGCAAUCAGGUGGAAAGAGGGUCGCCAUCGCGUGAACUCGGGCGUGUUUGAGGCAUUGCGUUCUGUUUCAGGUGCCGACAUGGCUAGAUUGUUGUAAAGUCGGAAAAGAAAAUUGGCUGAUCAAACUAAUUGACGGGGACCCCAACCUCGUCAUAGUCGCGCUUUGUCGGUCGCAUCUCGGCGGAACCCGGGAGAAACUCGUCGCGGAGAAAUAUGGGAGAAAUACCGGCGAAAAGCCCGCGUGGGCAGAGCCGUCUUUACCCCGGAAAAAUCACCUCACCUCACGAUUAUAAAAGCGGGCAUGGAAGCCAUGCUUUCUCCUCCCCCAGAUUAGCUCUCUUUUCUCUAAUCAUGUCUUGUUCAAAGCCUGAAACCUCUGCUGAAAAGCCUGCGCAGAUCGAGCACGUCGAUGGCGUUCAGGAUACCAGUUUGGAGACGACUGUGUCUAGUCAAGGCGCGAUCAACACACUCCUGAUCCUCGCAUGCGUUGCUUUCGGAUCUGCAUCCUUUGUUUUUGGGUUCGACGACAAGAUCAUCUCCCCUCUGGCAGCAUUGCCCGAGUUUGUCCGCGAUUUCCAAGGCCCUAACCCCGUCGACGGUACAUUGGUCUUUACAGCACGUAACCAAAACCUCAUCUUCUCCGUUCCUCUCGUCGGCUCAAUCGUGGGUGGUGUUCUUGCCUCACCCUUGAACAACAAUUUCGGUCGGAAGUGGCCUCUCAUCGGCGCAUAUUUCUUUUCUAUCGGAGGUGGAUUCCUGCAACUGUUCGCCCGGAACAUCGCCGAGUUUGUCAUUGGUCGAUUCUUGAACGCCAUUGCGAUUGGUGUCGCCAACGCAACUGCGCCCCUGUAUCUGUCCGAGGUUGUGCCUCCAUCAAUGCGAGGCAGAAGCGUGACUUCCAUCAACAUCCUUUCCCUCCUGGCUGGUGUCAUCUCAACCAUCAUCGUGAACGAGACCAAAGAUAUACAGGGCAAGCUGGAAUACCAGAUCCCUCUGGCUGUCCAGUGCGCCUUGCCGGCACUGAUCCUCGUCGCUACCAUCCCACUCCCUGAAAGUCCUCAAUGGCUAGUUAGCAAAGGUCGGAUCGAGGAGGCGCAUUGCAAUCUCCGCAAGCUGCGCGGCUAUAGCGACAUCCAGGUCGCCGACGAGCUCCGAGUCAUGCAGCAAUGCGAGGAGAAUGAGCGUGCUCUCACAGCAAACGUUCGCUUUUAUGAGAUCUUCGACCGCCAGAACCUGAAGCGUACGCUGACUGGAGGCGCCUUUUACUCGUUGAACCAGAUCUCGGGUAUCAUCCUUUCAACAACAUACACGACCGUCUUCCUCACGCAACUCGGCGUCGGCGACGCCUUUACCUUCACCGUCAUCGCUUCCUGCUGCACGCUCGCUGGAACAAUUGUAGCUCCCUUCGUUAUCGACCGCGUAGGUAGACGUCCAACAGCCUUUGUGGGUAUGACCAUCCUCCUCCUCAUCGACAUAGCCGCCGGUGGUCUGGCCUUCAAGACCUCGAACAAAGACUUUGUCAUGGGUAUUGCCGCUCUCGGAUUCAUUUUCAACUUCUUCUGGGGCGCAGGAUUCUACUCGCUCUCAGCACUGAUGCCCUCGGAAAUCGCAACGCCGAAGCUCCGGAACCAUACCAUGGCCUAUACGAUCGCCUGUGCGCAAACAAGUGCUGUCAUUACGACUUUCGCCGUGCCCCAGUUGACAUCGGCCGACGCAGCUAACCUAGGCGCGAAGACGUAUCUCGUUUUCGCCGGGUGCAUGGUCUGCGUCUUGGUCUUCGUUUACUUUUGCAUGCCCGAGACCAAGGGCCGGACGUUCGCGGAGAUUGACGAGAUGUACGAUGCGAAGAUUCCCAUGUGGAAGUGGCGCGAUUAUCAGACGUCCACUGCGGCGAAGCCUGGUGCGAAGGGGAAGAACGAGUCUGUGGUCUGAACAUGAAUUGUGUUGUAUUGUACAUAAUCUAUGCCCAGUUAAGAGUUGUAAGAUGAGCUUUAUACCGCGUAAGGUAGGGAUGGUUCCCACCGCGCAGUGUCUGCAUGAGUUUCAGGUAAUUCUUUGCGAGCAUUUGUAGUGACGUUUCUUCGCUCCCUGUAUCAGUUUGAGUUGCAGUUCCAGUAUUCGCCAGAAGAAGUGCGCUGGUUGCGAUGUUGUAUAGCUUUUCGAUCUGUUCAGUCCGUCAGUCAACAACCAUGUCCUGAACACUCCAUGUAGAUUAGUAGGUCACAGGCGCUUGAAACGACGA